ACGCAUUUGGAGCGUCAUCACCCGAGAGCAGUCUGAUCACGUGGUUUUGCACCUGAUGACCAUUGACUUUGAAAUGGUUUACGGAUACUUCUGUACCCCCCCAACCCUGAAUCCCUGCUUUGGGAGUUAGACAUAGUUUACAAUAAGCGUAAUACAGAACAAUGGACAUGCGCAGCUCUUCUGACAGCAGCAAAGAGGCUCGUGGACAAAACCCUCGCUGUGAUGGAACAAGAUUAAGCCCCGAGAUGAAACUAACCAGCUGCAGACCGGUGCUCGGUUAUAAGACCAUGCAAGCUGCAUCUACCAAGUGCCUUGAAUCACGUGCAGAUGGCAGACCAGCUGGGACUGGCGUCGCUCCGACUGAUUUGGAAGAGCAACCGAUAGAGCUGUGUGACUUCAGCUGCGACCCUGACAUCUAUAGUUUGGAUUCUUUUAAAGAGACUAAGAGUGACCCUUUCGAAAGGAAGUCUUUGAAAUCGCUUUAUUGUGAUGAGGGCUUAGUGCGCAUCCUCGCCGUUUGCAUCACGUUUGCGGUUGGAGUGACCCUUGCUCUUGUUGUCCAUAUUUAUGUCGGACUUCCUGAGGCAGUGGGCCCUGGGGUGGUCGUGACGGACAGUAAGCUGUGUGCGUUGCUCGGGCUGGGGGUGAUCAGAGAUGGGGGAUCCAGUGUGGACGCUGCCAUCACUACUGCACUUUGCCAGAGCGUCGUGCAUCCACACAUCUCCGGCAUAGGAGGCGGUGGGGUCAUGCUGGUCCAUGAUGGACGAAAAAAUGAAAGCGUGGUGAUUGAUUUUGGUGAAACAGCUCCCUCUAGAAUCCAAGAGGAAAUGCUACAACAUGACCUGCAGCACAAGUCAGGCCUUCUUGUUGGGGUGCCAGGCAUGCUCAGAGGGUUACACCAAGCACAUCAACAGUAUGGAAGGGCGCACUGGUAUGACGUGGUGGUGAGGGCAGCCAACAUAGCAAAACAAGGAUUUAAUGUCUCUGACAGCCUGGCCCAGGCCAUAGAGUCUCAGAGGGGGAAGAAUGUGUCUGAGCGCUUCAAGGGGAUGUUUUUACCGCAUGGUCAGCCGCUUUCUGCAGUCGCCACCCUGAAAUUACCCGAAUUGGCUGCUGUUCUGGACCGUGUUGCCUGCCAUGGGGUGGACGAGUUCUACCACGGGAAUAUCUCUGAGGAGAUAGCAGUUACAGUGCAGGCUAAUGGGGGGGUGCUGACCAGAGAAGAUCUGGCUAACUACAGCUCGGUGCAGCGAGAGGCUCUAACAAGCCAGUACAAGGGGUACCAGGUGCUUGUGCCCCCUCCCCCCUAUACAGGUGGAGUCCUGCUGUCCUUCCUCAAUAUCAUGGAGGGCUUUAAGUUCACUGAACAAAAACAAGAAGGCGCCUCCCACUGGAUUGCAGAGUCUCUAAAAGCAGCCCUAGCCAUGGCAAGUGGGUUAGCGGAUCCGAACUUUGUCACCUCUGUCUCAGACACCAUCUCUAACAUGCUAAGUAAACCACAUGCUGCUGUCCUGCGUCAAAUGAUCAGAAACUCCAGCAGUGCCCUUCCCCCCCACCAUUACCCAGCGCUCCAUAGCCUGCAGGGCGGGGCCAGUGCUUCCAGCCAAGUGCUCGUCAUGGGUCCUGAUGACCUUAUCGUGUCACUAUCAUGGUACCCUGAGCAUUUCUGUGAUGAACACUAUGUGAUGCUGUGA